GUUUUCUUCGACCUUGAAAGACAUCGAAGAGUCUGCACAACAACCCCGCUUUACAGUAGAAGGAAUUGAGAAGCUCAAUUCACAACCCUCUGAGGAACUUUCUCAGAAUCAUACCUCAGUAGUAGUUGAUCCAGCUCUAAUAACUAUUAAGGGUUUGUUCCCCUGUAAUAUUUGUGAUAAAAGUUUCACACAUAAGAGUAAACUGAAGGAACAUGUAACAAGACAUGUUGGGGGAAGGCCACAUGUAUGUGAAGUGUGUGGAAAGAGAUUCAAGGAGCGUAGCAGUCUGAAGAAACAUGCUAUAUCACACACAGGACAGAAGGCAUAUGUGUGUGAAGUGUGUGGCAAAAGGUUCACAUUGCUUACCCAUCUGAAGACCCAUAAUUUGGUUCAUACAGGGCAGAAAUCACAUGUGUGUGAUAUCUGUGGCAAGAGAUUCAGUCAGCUAGGCAACUUCAGGAAACAUGCAUUACUUCAUACAGGAGAGAAACCCUUCAGUUGUAGUCUAUGUGGUAAAUGUUUUUCUGAGAAAAACACCUUGAAGAUCCAUAUAGCUGCUCAUGAGGGUCAGAAACCACAUGUGUGUAGCAUCUGUGGUAAAAGGUUUGCUCAGCGUGGAUAUCUUAAGACACACGUAAUUGUCCAUUCUGGACAGAAGGAAUAUUGUUGUGAUGUCUGUGGUUCCAGUUUUACUAGGAAACAUAAUCUGAAGAAACAUGCAGCUAAGCACCUUGUUCACUGACAACUUUUUGUGUGGGGUACACCUUGACUGGCUAAACCAGAUGCAUACCUGAGGAGCUGCACCACAAUUUUGAACUUUUGUGAAGUGUUAUUGUUCCAUGUGUGUGAAAUAUCCUUUCAAGUUCAGUACACAAAUAAUGGAAUGAUAGAGCUUACUCAUGUGACUGUGAAUAUGAGAUUUAUAUAUGAAUGUGUGUUGCAUUCAACUACAGAAACUUUAUGUUUACUAUGAAAUCCUAGGAGAAUACUAGGAUUUGUUAAUAGGAAAGUAAGAAAGUGUACUCUAAUCAUUGAACUUGUAUAGAUUUAUAAGCAGUUAAAUUUUAUGUUUGUAUAUUACCCUAAUUCUGUUUAGAAGAGCGAAUGAUCAGGAGCUGGGGUAGCAUAGUUGGUGUAGCGACUAGCUACGGUCUGGAUGACGAAGGGGUCAGAGUUUGAGUACUGGUAGAGUCAAGAAUUUUCUCUUCUCCACAUUGUCCUGACCGGCUCUGGGGUCUCCCCAAUCUCCUUUCCUCGGGGGGGUAAAGUGGCCAGGGUGUGAAGCUGUCCACACACCUCCAGCUAGUACCAGGGUCAAGAAAAUGUGGAUCUAUACAUUCACUCCCCCAUACACCCUCAGGGUGUCAUGAUUAAUUAGUUAAGCACAGGGAUAAGAUUUGCCUUUACCUAAUAGCAUAUGAUCUGUGGUAAGGAGUAUUGCUGAUACAGCUAGUUCUAUGAAUGGAUCACAUCUCACAUUUCAUAAGCACAUCUAGAAAUUAUCAUGAGGCUGUAUUGGGAUUUUCUUUCCACAUGACUUCCGUUUUAAGUUCAUUGUACAUUCUCAUCAUGGUUAUUACUAACAUGGAAAGGCAAUAUGACUUGGGUAAGGGAAUUUCAACAAAAAAUUAAUUAACCCUUUGGCGCGGUCAUUUAAAUUCCGCGGCCGCGUCUCGGGC